UCUCUGGAAUGGACUGUCACGUAUAUUACGGCAUACAUCGACGAUGUGUUUUAAGGAAGAAGACUUGGAUCUUAAAUUUCUCAGUGUUCUUUCUCCAUAUCUUUACAUCUUCGAGAGCAUUGGAUGUUAGUCAAUACGGAGCGAUUGGAGAUGGAGUUACAGACGAUUCUCAGGCGUUCUUGAAAGCCUGGGAAGCUGUCUGUAUCGGGACAGGGGAUGGGCAGCUUAUCGUUCCGGCAGGGAUGACAUUUGUGUUACAGCCCUUGAAGUUUCAAGGUUCUUGCAAAUCGACCCCUAUUGUUGUUCAGAUUUUGGGCAAUAUGGUUGCAUCAAGUAGAGGGAAUUGGGAAGGAGACAAAGACCAAUGGAUUCUCUUCUCAGACAUAGAAGGGCUCGUGGUUGAAGGCAACGGCGUAAUUAACGGCCAGGGUUCGAGCUGGUGGGAACACAAAGGCAGUUCUAGACCAACCGCAUUGAAGUUCAAGAGCUGCAACAACCUUAGACUAAGUGGACUAACGCACGUAGAUAGUGCAAAGGCUCACAUUCAUAUAAACAAUUGCAACGGUGUGAGCAUCUCAAAUCUCCGGAUAAAUGCACCGGAGUCAAGUCCUAACACUGAUGGAAUCGACGUCGCUGCUUCAUCCAAUGUUAUCAUCCAGGAUUGCGUAAUCGCCACAGGUGACGAUUGCAUUGCGAUAAACUCGGGGACGUCUAACAUCAGAGUUUCCGGUAUAGAUUGCGGACCAGGCCAUGGAAUAAGCAUAGGAAGCUUGGGAAAAGAUGGAGAGACAGCUUCAGUGGAGGAUAUAUGUGUCCAAAACUGUAACUUUAGAGGAACUACGAAUGGGGCUCGGAUCAAAACCUGGCCGGGAGGAUCAGGUUACGCAAGAAGGAUUACUUUCAGUGGAAUUACUCUAGAUAACGUGGAAAACCCGAUCAUAAUCGAUCAGCAUUACAACAAUGGAGGUUCUGAGAAAAAUACAGAUGAUAAGUCAUCGGCGGUUGAAGUAAGCAAAGUCGUGUAUAGUAAUUUCGUGGGGACGUCCAAGUCAGAGUACGGAGUUGACUUUAGGUGUAGCGCGGCUGUACCAUGCACAGAAAUUUUUAUGAAAGAUGUGAGAAUAGAAACACCAUCAUCAGGAUCAGGACAAGUCGCGCAAGGACAGUGCUUAAACGUGAGAGGUGUGUCCACACUUGCCGUACCAGGUUUAGAAUGUUUAGCACUUUCCACAGAUAUGUUAUCAUCGGCGGAGUUGCCGGAACGAACUUGUAUGUUGCCGCAACCAUCAGUGCAACCAAGUACACGACCGAUGCAAGAUCCAUUUUGGGUUUAUGGAAGCGGAGGGAAACGACUCAGAGUUUUUGAUGUAGUAUUAACUUCAUUUAUAUUUGUCGUUUUAUAUAUGUAUUAGGUUAUUGUUGGCAAAUAAGGAUCAUUU